ACACGAGGUGAUCAACAGGAUCUUUUACUUGAUCCUGGAACAUUUUCAGUUGAUCCUGACGAAAAUACAUUUGAUGCAACUAAAUGGAAAUAUACAUAUUAUUGUCGAAUUUAUGAUUUAUAUAAUUUUCCAAAUAUACAAGGAAUAUUAUUAUCAAUUGAUGAUUCAACAAUUGAUCCUUAUAAUCCAUCAUGUUUGUCAAAUCGAUCAGGAAAUGGAACAGGAUUAAUAUUCGGAAAUUUAACUUUAUCACCUAAUUCAUCUCUAACAGUUCUUGGUGGUUCACUUCAAGCAAAUCAAAUCUAUCAAUUUAUGGUUUAUAUGGAAAAUCGUAAGAAUUCUUCUAUUCAAGGAACAGGGUAUGUAUUUGUUACAGUUCAAGUUACUCAUCCACAACUGAUUGCUGUUGGUUGUGUAAUAUCAACAAUGUGUGUUCCAAAUCUUGAAUUUCAACUUCUUAAUCCAACUACACAAGUUGCUCUAUUUACUCUUUGUAUUGGAACUUGUACGAAUCUUGAAAGUAUUAAAUGGAAUAUUUAUCAAGGAUCAGACAAUUCAACAUCGUCAAAUUAUACACAAUGGACUUUAUUUAAUAAUACCAUUCUAUAUGAAAAUAUUUGGUUUUUUUGUAAUUUUACAGCAACAGAUCAAUUAUUUCUUAAUAAUCUUCAAAUAAGUCUUUGGCGUUUUGAAGUUGUUUAUACAUUUCAAUCCGCAAUAAGUACAAGUGCAUUGAAUUUUAUUAUUAAUCAACCACCUUCAAAUGGUUCAUGUUCAAUCAAUCCUCAUAAUGGUACUAUAACUACUUUAUUCAAUAUUACAUGUCCUGAUUGGUAUGAUGUAGAUGGAAUAGAAGAUUAUUCAUUAUAUACAUGGACCACAGACAUAUCACAACGAACAAUAGUUGCAUUUUCAUCAGAAUAUAAUUUUCAAGUGCGAUUACCAGCUGGUGAUAAUGGAACUUCAUUACUUAAUCUUGUUGUUUAUGUUCGAGAUCUUCUGAAUUCUAUUACACAAGUAAAUAUAUCUUCUGUCAGUGUUAUGAAAAAUUCUGAAAUAAUUAAUGAUUUGAUUGAUAAAAUAACAAAUUCAUCGAGUACAAUAACAAAUAAUCCAAUUAUUCGAUUACUUUCAAGUGGAAAUCAAAAUAUUGUUGGACAAAUGAUCAUUGCAUUAUCACAAGAACUCAAUCAAAUAAGCAGUGAAAAUUUAGAUAAAGCCAUAUCAAAUGGAAUACCAGCUGUAGAUAUUUCAGUAUCAUUAUUAGGAAGUCAACGUUUACAACAAAUUUCAAUACCAAUGAAUGAAUCAGCUUUGAUUGACUAUAAUAUAGAAUUAAACUCUCUAGCAAAUGUUCGAGAUUAUCUAGUAACAUUUAUAACUGAUCUUCUCGUAACAACAUCAAAUAGUAUUAUAUUACAAUCAUCAUCAUUAGUUCAAUUAACUCAAGCAACAAAUCAAUUAACACGAAAUACUUUAAUGCUUGUAUCAAAUAGAUGUUAUGAAUUAUCUGCUGCUUUAUAUGCAAUGUUUGAAAAAAUCUCAUAUGAAGAUGCUCAAUCAGCAUCAAAUCAACUUUUUCAAUGUGCUUCAAAUAUUUUGAACGGUGUGAAUGGGCCAUUACAAGGACGAACAGAUGUACUUGAUUUGGAUUAUUCUCAAGCAAAUGCCAUAUCUACUGAUUAUGAUACUGAUCUUGAAUCUGAAUGGUCAAAUUUAAAUUUAUUUUCUGAUGGAAACGAUUUUUCUAUUGAAACAAUUGAAAAAAAUCGAAAUAUUUAUUAUCAAAAACAAUUAGCAAAUCAAAUCAAUAGUCAAGUGACAGAAAUGAUAUCAUUAUUAACACCUUCAUUAAAUAUUCAUUUAAAUAUCGGCCAAAAGUCAAUAAUUAAUACAUCUCAAUCAUUUGUAUCAUUAGAAACUAUAUCAAUUCAAUCACUCAAAGAUAGACUUGUGAGACAAGUUGAAAAUGCUCAAUUUCAUAUUCCAUCCGAUUUUAUUUUGAACACAACGUCUAAUUCUUCAAUUUCACUUCGAUCAAGAGUAGAUCCACUUGCUUCAUUUGCAAAUUUUCAAAAUACAAAUCUUUCACGAUCAAUUUCACUUUCAAUUAUUGAUCAAAAUGGAAAUGAAGUUUCUUUUCAAGCCCACCAAAAUAAUCCAAUACAAAUGAUUAUUCCUCGUGAUCCAAAUGUAUUAAUUCCAUCAAUGUAUUUACAAAAUGUUACAUCGAUUAAUUCAACUAUUAAUAAUUUAUUGUUCAGUUAUCAUUAUAUUAAUACAACAAGUUCUCUUCCGAUUUCAGUUCAUUUUGAAAUUCAUUCUUUAAAUCGAAGUCUUGCUUAUUUAUUUAUUUAUAAAUUUGAUCAAACACCACAAUUAAAUAGUUCAAUUAAUCUUAUUGAUGGAUGGACAGUAUUUUGUCCUUUCAAUUUAACUAUUGAUAAUAUAUAUCGAUAUUUUAUUGAUAAUCAACAAACACCUGGUCAUCAAUCAUUAAUAUUUGGAAUAAGAGAAUUAAAUUCAACUGAAAUUAAUAAUUAUUGUUUAAAUAGCUCUUCAAUAAAUACGUCUUUACCAAUCACCGAUGAACCAUAUGAUUUUACAUCAAAUUAUGAACUUCUUAUAUAUACAUCAGGUUGUUAUUAUCUUGAUGAAAAUAAUAAUUGGAAAUCAGAUGGAUUAACAGUUGGUCCUUUGACAAAUCUUUAUGAAACUGAAUGUCUUUCAACUCAUUUAACAUCAUUUGCUGGUGGUUUCAUUGUUUUACCUGCACCAAUAAAUUGGAGUUAUGUUUUUGCAAAUGCUGAUUUUUCGAAAAAUAAAACAGUUUAUUUAACAAUGAUAAUUACUUCAAUAAUUUAUAUUAUUUUAAUGAUUUAUGCUCGUUUUAAAGAUAAGGAAGAUAUUGAAAAAUUAGGAGUAACACCAUUAGCUGAUAAUAAUAAAUCGGAUCAUUAUUAUUAUCAAAUUCUUGUUUUUACUGGUCAAAGAACAAAUGCAGGAACAGAUUCAAAAGUUUAUUUUGUUUUAUCGGGUGAAAAUGAUCAAACACAUACUCGAUUAUUUGCUGAUCCUCAUCGAAAACUUUUUCAACGUGGUGGAAUUAAUUCUUUUAUUAUUGCUGUUCCAAAAUCAUUGGGAUUAUUAAAUUACAUUCGUAUUUGGCAUGAUAAUUCAGGCGAAGGUUCUUCUGCAUCAUGGUUUUUAAAAUACAUUAUUGUUCGAGAUUUACAAACUCUAGAUAAGUCUUAUUUUAUUUCUCAACAAUGGUUUGCAGUUGAAAAAGAUGAUGGACGAAUUGAACGAAUUUUACCAAUUGCUAGUGAAGCAGAAAUGCAAGAAUUUUCAUAUGUAUUAUCAAAAAAAGCUUAUCAUAGUAUUUCCGAUGGUCAUUUAUGGUUUUCAAUAUUUUCUCG